AUGAGUACCCGGACAACUCGAACUCAAAACAACGAUAUUGACCAAGCAACCAUGACCGAGAGGGUCCAGCAGCAGUCUGUUGAGUCUCGGGAAAACAUCUCCCCGAGCUCUACUGGCUCAACGAGACCGACAUCUCCGGUGCAGGCAACACGCACUUGA